AUGGAGCACGACUACCGCUUUCUCUUUACGGACGUCAUGUGCAACGUCGAGGCGCCGAUGCCGCACGUCAUCUACGAGGAUUUCAUGAAGUGCCUUACGUUCUCCUCGCGUCAGCAGCCGCCGGAGGAACAGUUUGCGCUUCCCGAGCCCGUGUUGCGGGAUAUUCUCUGCUGGGCGGCCUACUACUGCACGCUGGAUCACUUCUACUUCACCUCUGCCUCCAUGCUUUUUCGCAAGGUGGAGCAGGAGCAGCACAUGAGCCCUGCGGUGCACAGUGCGUGGGUUUACAUCUGUACGGCGGCGGGCAAGCUGGACAAGGCACUCGCUUACGCCGCCUACAUGGAGGAGCACAAGAUCCCAUUUGACGCGGAUGUGUUUGCCCGCUUGCUGCACCCCUCUCUCACCCCAGUCCAGCAGCACCUGCAGCAGGCGCCGCAGACAUCGAAGGGUAUCGUGCUACAGCGGCGCCUCUGCCAAGAUAUGAGCCAGCACCACGGCACAAUGCCAGUGGCGGUCCACGCGAUGUUUGUUUACCACAUCCUGACUCUCCAGCACACGCGCAAAUGGGAAGUGCUGCGUGGUGCUGCCGAACUGUUUAAUCGAUGGCAACAGCGAGCGAGGAGUAGGGGCGGCCUUGUGGUUCCUGCUUCAUUCACGCCAGUUUCUGUGUCUAUCGCCGAGCCGCUGCAUGAAGUGAUCUGCUCCCGCACCAUGCAGCUCGCCAUGUCGCUCUUCUGCAGGGAGAAGGGCAUUCGCUGGGGACCUCGCACGACGAAAGAAAUGGUCACCUUCAUGCUGGAAAACGAUGAGGCCGGCUGCACCAUGGCGGACGUGAUAUUUGUGCUGAUGCGCAUCCGACAAAACGAGCGAACAGAAAUGCUGGCCGCGCUUCCCAGAACAACCUUCACCACGGAAGAGCAGGAGACGCUGAUGCAUGCCACGUACCGGCGCAUCCGACGCGAUGCGGCGUACGCGGUAGCGGGACCGUUGCUACGAGAACUGCUUGCAGCGGACGGGACCACUGGCACUGCGGCAGCAGCGGCGGAUAGCGGAAGCAGCAGCGACGAGGCUGUCGACCUGGCCAUGCAGUCGCUGCAGAGGCUCGCUUCAUCAGCGGCGGACCAGGACGCCACCGCUGUGUCCUCAAGCCCUUCCGUCUCUCCAGCGGCUGCGGGUGCGCCGUAUCGCAGCGAGGGGAAACGAUGCACGCCGGCAGCGGCGCAUGGCACAAUUAUUGAUGACGGCAAGCGAGGCAGUCUUACCUCUCUCUCGGGAGUCAUCAUGGAGCAGUCGUGGGAGGAGGAGACGCUAUCGUCGCCGGCGGAAACGGCGCGCGACCUCUUGGCUGCUGUGAUAGCGCUAGAUCGUGAAAGCGUCAUAGCAGCACCGGCGGCAAGGAGACCGAAUGGUGACGCACAGGCAACGCUAAACGAGUCGUCAGGAACUCCAUCCUUGGUGGCAUCAGCGGCGGCAGAAGCCGAUCGGCUUCGUGAGCUGCACGUAUCACUGGAAGCGAUGAGCACACCGUCAAGCCUGUCAGCCUGGUCGUUGCAGCAACUGCAGAAGGAAGAAGAGGAAGCACGGCUGCGUCGCCAGGCGGAGAAUGCAUGGAUAUCGCCCGCCUACAUGCCGCGGUAA